UUCCCCGCGUGCCACCACUGCCUGCCCGGGCCCUGCGCGCGCGGGACAGAGACUCCAGAGUCUUGCAAAGGAUUGCAAAGGAUGCCUCCAAGACGAAGCCGAGCGCUUGACCUGGUGGCGGGCGGAUUGGGUGGCACAGCUGGAGCCAUCUUGACUUGCCCGCUGGAGGUAGUGAAGACCCGCCUGCAGUCCUCCUCUUGGGCCCUGAGGCCUAUCUGCUUCCCAGCAGUGGAGCUGCAAGGGCUGAAUGGGGCUCUGAUCCGCCCCGGAGGCCCCUCUGGAGGCAUCCUUCACCUGUUGAGAACCAUUCUAGAAAAGGAAGGCAUUCGCUCCCUGUUUCGAGGCCUGGGACCUAAUCUUGUCGGAGUUGCUCCUUCCAGAGCCAUAUAUUUUGCUGCAUAUUCGGAAGCGAAGGAGAAAUUGAACACUGUGCUUGUGCCAGAGUCCAAGAAAGUCCACAUGCUUUCAGCAGCUUGUGCAGGGGUUACGUCUGCCACUUUGACCAACCCCAUCUGGCUGGUAAAGACCAGGAUGCAACUGGAAGCCAGAGCCAGAGGUGAGAGUCGUGCCAAUGGCCUUCAGUGUGCGAUGCGAGUUUACUACACUGAAGGCUUGCGAGGCUUUUACCGUGGGAUUACUGCCUCAUAUGCUGGCGUCUCAGAAACUAUAAUCCAUUUUGUGAUCUAUGAAGCGCUGAAGCAACGGCUCAGAGAGGAUCAGGCUUUCCUGGCCCCAUCUCUCCCCCUUUCACACAACAGCCAGGACUUCUGUAGGCUGAUGGCUGCAGCCGCCAUCUCCAAAACAUGUGCCUCAUGCAUUGCCUACCCACAUGAGGUCAUCCGAACAAGGCUGAGAGAGGAGGGCUCACGCUAUCGCUCCUUUGUGCAAACCCUGCAACUUGUCGUCAGAGAAGAAGGUUUCCCAGCUCUUUACCGUGGGCUCCUGCCCCAUCUGAUGCGCCAGAUCCCCAAUGCUGCUAUCGUCAUGGUCACCUAUGAACUGAUCAUUUACUUGGCAAGAGGAACGUGACUCUCUCUCCCCUUUCUAACAAUUGGCUGAGGUGAUUCACAGUAUUUAUUAAGCAUGUGCAUUGGGGCCAAAAGGCACGCUGUUUUGGGGUCUGUUUUUGUCUGACCCUGACUCGAAAGGGGAGGCAUGUUUCCGUUUUCAUUCGGUACAGAUUGGCUACGAUGGGAAACUUUAAGAGCUCAAUCCUCAGCCAUUUUAAGGUCUAUGUACAUGAAAUCUACCUCAGUUGGAGACCCAAUUUACAACUGCAGGCCUGCCAAGUUUCAAAACAAUUCACCGAUCUAGUGAUUUUUCAAGAAUUGUUUUCUAAAAUAAGACAUACUGCAAGAAUUGUAGUUGUCGCUUGUGUCCAUUCUCAGCCAAUCAGAGCAUGGACACCACCAGGCUUUUUCUUGGCUGAGAGACACACACAGAGAGAAAAACUUCAACUCCCAUCAUACUCCCUAAGGCCACCCUAUGCAAGUGCCACUGGGAAAGUGAGUUCCCAGUACCUUCUCUGGAGGAGGAGGUAACUUUCCAAUAAAUUAUUAUUUUAUUAUUUACAGUAUUUAUAUUCUUCCCUUCUCACCCCGAAGGGGACUCAGGGCAGAUCACAAUGUACAUAUACACAGCAAACAUUAAAUGCCGUUUUUGACAUACAAGACAUACAGGCAGAUAGAGGCCUUUCAGCAGCUCUUCCAUUUUGGAUCCUGGAGGUUGCUCAAUUCGGCCAUGGGGGACCUGUCACUUCAUCCACUAUGACGCCGAGCCUUUUUGAUCGUAGUAUUUCCUCCUUGCUCUCUAGCAUUUUUAUGGUGUCAUAAAUUAGCCUCCCUGCUUUCAGCGGUCCCUAAUUCCUCUAUUCACAGCUCACAGCUGUUUUCGGACUGCUUAGGUCAACAGUGAGCUGGGCAUUUUUUAACAGCUAUUUUUUUAACAGCUAUUAACAGUCGGGCACUCAACCUGGACUCGGGCUUCAAACUUGCCACCUUUCAGUCGGCAGUGAUUUAUUGCAGCUGAUUAACCAGUUGUGCUACCAGCCCGGCCCUUCCGGAGGCAACUUCUUCUUCUGGGGAGAGAAAAAGAUGCCACAUAUUCCCCUGCCUCAAGUAUUUUGUGAUCUCUUUCCGAAAAUAUAGUCUCUCUGAAUCUGUUACACUAGCCUUUUCGUCUCUCUCUUUCCCUUUCUGUUUUUGGAAAUUUAACGAAAACGGCCUUCCGGAAAUUACAAAUCUUUUAGUUAACAGUUAUUUGGACCCAAAUCUAGUAUUUAUACUGUACCUUAAUGCAAUGCAUUGCUUCCCUGUUAUUUAUAUUGUGCCUUAAUGUAAUGCAUUGUUUCCCUGUUGUAUAGCUGAGCAAUACUCUGCUAGAAAACCCUGAAGUCUGGCAGCCUCUCAGUAACGCUUUCCUUGCCAGACUUAAUAAUUCCUGAAGAUCUUUUUCCUGGUUCUCUGUCAGUCCCAGAAAGCAUCCACAGAUGAAGACAUACACAUGGAUGAGAGAUACAGGUGGAAAGAUGCAUAGCUCAUCAAGGAGAAGCAACACUACAGAAAUGUAUCUGCCAAAAGUCCUGUUUACAGGCAGAGAGACUUUUCAGUGUCUCUGGCAUGCUAGGCAUACUGGUUGUGUCAUUUCAGGCAGAGAAAAAUGUUCUGCUCUACUUCUCCUGUGGUUUGAGCUAGGCUGGCAAAUUGGCUGAGAAGAUGCUGUUAUAAGGAAAACAGUGGGAGAUUCUGUGGGGUGUGAAGUAGUGAAUAUUUUUGUUUGUCCUCCACUGGCAAUACUUGCAACCAGAGUCCGACCCAAUGAGUUUCCCCUGCUCCUCCCCAAACAACUUCAAGGCACACAACAACAAGAAGAUAUGCAGGAUGUCUACACCUUUACAAUGUAUACAGAUCCCCUGUUAUUUGCUUUUUUUUAAUGUCAGGAGCGACCUGAGAAACUGCAAGUCACUUCUGGUGUGAGAGAAUUGGCCGUCUGCAAAGACAUUGCCUAGGGGACGCCUGGAUGUUUUGAUGUCUUACCAUCCCUGUGGGAGGAUUCUCUCAUGUCCCCGCAUGGGGAGCUGGAGCUGACAGAGGGAGCUCAACCUGCUAUUCCUGGAUUCGAACUGCUGACCUAUCAGUCAGCAGUCCUGCUGGCACAAGGGUUUAACCCAUUGCACCACCAGAGAACUAGAGUGUCAUGGGAACAUGAGAUUAGUAUGUCCUGGGAUGUAGGAGCAUUGAGUUCAUUUCAUCACUAAGCCAUGGAUGAUAAGCCAGUCAUCGACCAACCUCAUACAGUUAUUAUGAGAAUACGUGUGGAGAGAAGGAGGGUGGUAUAAAGUGAGGAAAGAUGGGGUAUCAGUUUAGCUAAUACACAAAAAUAAGGGCGGGUGGUGAAGCUGAGUACUGGAAAUUGUGGUCGCAGUUGGAGAGGGAGAGAAACUUGUGAGUAAAAGUUGCAGUUACCUUUUGUAGGCUUCUAUAUAGAUUUCACAUGCACAUUUUGCCUUCUUAAGAGGAAAACAGGAUCCAAAGAGAGUUUGGAAGGGGUGAGAGUAUAAUAUACAGGCAGCUAAUACGGGAAUAUCUUCCAAGAGGAAGGAAGACUGCAGUGAUGUGAAAAGCAACCGCUGUGCCUUCCAGUGCAAAGUUUUGUAGAUGGACCUCUCGCUCUGACGUGCCGAAGAAAGGAUGCAACAAAUAUAAUGUAACUCUUUGUUUCCAAGUUCAUAAAAUGUUCAUAUUUUAUUAAUAAAACUGCAAAGCUGCAA